CUCUAACUGCAAAAGUCACAUUCUCCAAUUUUUUUCGAAAUUGACUUUUGGGUAUAUUCUAAUUAUAUUCAUAGCUUUGCACAUAUUGAUCUAAGAGUUUUAAAGCAAAACUAACAGUAUCCCACUUUAUUUUAACGGUGAAAAUUACGUUUGUUUUCAAAACUCACAUUCUCCAAAGUCUUUGAAUGCAAAAUUCACAUUCUCCAUUUCAGCCAAUAGGAAGGCUUGUUUGAGUCACGUGACACUGCACCCUGUAUCGUCUGUUUUGCUAAUGUUUUGUAAGUAGGAAGUCAGUGUAGUGGUGUACUGUUUCUGUUUUAUGCGUUAAAUAGCUUAAAAAUGGAUAUUAGUGUAAGACCAAGUGAUAAAAGUAAAGGAGAAACACCCAGGAAGAAGGUUCGAGCACCAAACCACUGGAAAAGAGCCCAGGCAAAAAAGAAAAGAUAUGCUCCGAAGGGUUUUCCGGAUUUUCCUACGUGUAACCACACCAAAGGCGCCCUACUUUGCCGAUCAUUGACAGCCCAGGACAUAAGAAGAUUUCAUUCUGCUUUUUAUAAGGAACAUGAUAAAAUAUACCAAGACAACUUUGUUCUAAAGCAUAUAACAAUGAACGUGAUAAAGCGAAGAAGACCCAAAAACCAAAAAAAUAUUAAAAAACAAGCUAGAGCAAAAUAUUUCAUAACAAACCGUGAGAAGAAAAUGGUUCCGGUGUGUUUGGGUACUUUUCUGAGGGCCUUAAAUAUUUCCAGAUUUAGAAUUAAUAAAAUUGCUGACCGGUUUUAUUACAAACAUGAAAUGCCGAAGGAGAGGAGAGGCGGUGACACUACUGGUAACAGAUUUGUGGCUAAAAAAGAAAGUAUUAUGACGUUUAUUAAUAGUUUAAAGUGCAGUGAAACUCAUUACUGUACAAACAGAAGUGGCCGGAAAUAUUUGCCUGCAGAACUAAAUAUAAAGAAGCUCUGGCGAAUGUAUCAGACCAAUGCGGAAGAUCACCUUAAAGUGAAAGACAGUUAUUUUAGAUAUAUUUUUAAUAGAAAAUACAACUUGGGAUUCGGAUCACCUAGGGUGGACGUAUGUUCUACUUGCCUAGAAUUGGCAGAAAAAAUAAAGUCGACAAAGAGUGAUGCCGAGCGAAACAUGCUUCUUGUUGAGAAACGGGUCCACAAGCUACGAUCACAAGCAUUUUACGGUUUGUUACAAGAAGACCGUGAAGAUCUCCUAAUAUUAUCUUUCGAUUGCCAAAAAAAUCAACCUCUACCUAAACUUCCGGAUCAGUCCUCCUACUACACCCGUCAGCUAUAUUUAAAUAAUUUUUGUGUUGUAAAGGGCCAUUCAAAAUCCAAACUUGACAAAGAUAAUGUAACAGCUUACACGUGGACAGAGAAUGAGUUUUCUAAGGGAUCCAAUGAGAUUUCAUCCUGUUUAUAUGACACUUUGAAUUCUAUUGACUGA